AUGGACGAGGCGACUGCGUUUAUCGACAAUGCGACGGAAAAGAAGCUGCAGCAGAUGAACAAUGAAGACUUUCGCGAAGCGUCGGUGAUGAUAAUCGCACAUCGCUUGGGCACGGUCUUGGCCUCCGAUCGGGUCAUGGUGCUUAGUGAUGGUCGAGUGGUGGAGUUUGACAGUCCUCAAAAUUUUGUGAACAACCAGGCGUAUUUCAUGAGCUUGUCAAGGCAGAAGGAUACCUGGACCGAUUGUUUAAAUAGUCGCUAG